GCCCACGGUAACGCCGACGGACAGCACCACCACCCCCCAAACAGCUUAUAGGAUGGUGCAGAAGACUUACGACGUCAUCGUGGUCGGCGCGGGGCUGGCAGGCCUCACCGCCGCCCGAAGAUGUCUAGAAGCUGGGCUGGACGUCCUCGUGCUCGAGGCUCGCGACAGGGUAGGCGGCCGCACGAUGACCAGACAGAUCAACGGCGUAGUCUACGAUCUAGGCGGGAUGUGGAUCAACCCCGACACGCAACCCCUUGUCGGCGCCCUUGUCAAAGAAUUCGAUCUCAACCUCUUCCCGCAAUACCGGACAGGCUCUUCGGUCCUAGAACUCGAACCCGGCAAACUCCGGACAUAUACGGGCGAUAUUCCCAGCAUAUCGAUCCCGUCGUUGAUUGAUGUGCAGCAGGGGAUCACGAGGUUGGAGAGUAUGUGUCGCAAGGUGCCGCUGGAUGAUCCCACGAAGGCAAAAGACGCCUUUGCGCACGACUCAAUAACCCUCGCCGAAUGGAUGCGCCGCAACCUUUGGACUCGCGAAUCCAAACAGAUGUUUGACAUUGCAUGCCGGUCGAUCAUCGGCGUUGACCCAGAGGAGAUUUCGUUUCUGUGGUUUUUGUUCUAUUGUCAUUCCGGGAAAGGGUUGUUGUCGUUGAUUGAGGUGGAAGGGGCGCAGAAGAUGCGGUUGGAGGAGGGAGCUGCGACGAUAUCGAAACGACUUGCGGCGUUGCUUCCGCAGUCACGGAUUAUAUUGUCGGCUGCUGUGCAGAGCAUUGAGCAGUUAUCACCCGACGGGUCCGUCACCGUCUUUACCAACUCAACAAACAUCCCCUACCGCGCCCGCACAGUCAUCUUCACCGCACCACCCCCCCAGUACACGCGCGUCAAAUGGUCCCCCGAACUCCCCGCUCUCAAAAAACACUUCACGCAACGCAGCACAGCAAUGGGCUACUACACAAAAGUCGUCCUCCGCUACUCCACCGCCUUCUGGCGCGAUAACGGUUUAAGCGGGGAGAUGGUGAGCCAUUGCGGACCUGUCAGCUUGGUGUUUGAUACGUGUAGUGGGGAUGCGGGUGUUGCGUGUUUGACGGCGUUUUUGUUGAGUGGGGCGGGGAGGGAGUGGUCUGCUCAACCUCCCUCACAACGCAAAAGCGUGAUUCUCCACCACCUACGGACAUUAACAUCCUCGGACCUGGCCCUGCACCCGAUCGAAUACAUCGAACAAGACUGGAGUGCGGAAGAGUACAGCGGCGGCUGCCCCGUUGCCUCAAUGGGAUGCGGACUGUUAACACAGUACGGUACCGAGAUCCGCGCCGUGCAUGGGAAUGUGCAUUUUGCGGGGACGGAGACUGCUACGGAGUGGUGUGGGUAUAUGGAGGGGGCGGUGGGAAGUGGGGAGAGGGUUGCGAGGGAGGUUGUGGGAAGUUUGAGGGGACGGAGGGCGGGUGGGGAGGAAGGGAAGAGCGAGGUGGAAGCACCUGCGCCUAGACAUGUGCACCGGACGAGACGGCAUGAGACGGUGAGGACGGGUUGGGGGUGGUAUGCAUUGGGGGUUGUGGGGAUUGUGGUGGGGUAUGUUAUGGCGAGAGGAUGAACGAGGGACUAUUCUUCGCAGAGUAGAGACUACAUAGAUUGUAUAUAUAAGUGGUAUGGGAAAUCCAAAGGUGGACAUCGCAUGUCGCAUAUCGCAUGUAUUCGGAUAUCACAUGUCGCAUACAGUACACGGACGGAUUGGGUUGACAGCACACUUUACCGUCAUUCCAUUGCACUCUUAACGAUAACCCUAAACCCAGGCUGGACAGUACCGGACCGUUGGACCUCGGGAAGCUUAUGUUCCCUAUUAAUCCUUUACUGGAUUCCACCCGGUCACCAAUUGGGUCACGAUGGGAUUGUUGUAAAAUUGGCGUGUUGGUCUGCGGUUGUUUCUGUGAAGUCGCGG